AAUUGUUUAAUUUUAAAUAUUAGUCUAAAAUUUUCCUCUGAAGAUCAUGGAGAAUUUGUUCAGGAUAGCCGUUCUCCUGUCCAUGAGUUGUACCAUCCUUUCCGUAGAUAUUGAAAUAAUCAACAAGGAGGAACCCGUACGUUGGUAUGAGGCCAACUCUUCAACGCUUACUGUAUGUAGGUGGCAACAUGUUGAUAUGGAAAACACAACAAUCACAAGAGAACUGGUCAGAUGGAAGGGAAUUAUGAUGGAAAGCAAAGAUGACCCAUCGAAUACUUUUGUAUACUCGGGUUCACCAAUUCCGGAAGAAAGACUGUCCGUGAUCACAGACUUCGAAACAAUGACAUCCGAGUUACGAAUACUUAACGUUAAAAUUACCGAUCCAACAACCUUCUCUUGCGAAGUUGAAGUCAAUCAAGUCGUCGACGACACAGAUUAUCAUGUUGCAUAUUACGCGAUCCCAGAAGUUACCGUCGAGGACGGUAACAUGAACACAACAGUCAUGCCUGCUGCCCCACCAACCUCCGAGGAAACACCAACAGAAGCAGCAGAGACAGACAACUACGAGUAUUCCGAUACUUACGGAAGUGAAUAUGGAAACUCAGAUUCAACGGAUACCAAUUCGGACGGGAGUGAAUCCUUACCCUCCGAUUACAUGGCGCAAGAAGCAGCUUCUAACAGCACCACCGUCUCAUCAGCUCCCAACAUCACAGUGUUCUGCUCAGUCGUUAAUUCUUUCCCGGAACCAGUUGUGGAAUUUAUUGUCGGAAAAGGCACAGCUGAUAGUGAAACCUUUGCGCCAACGACAAACAAUAUCGUCCAGGACUCAACUACCAAGUAUUUCAGCGGACAAGCAAAGCUGGUCAUCAAGCCUGAUAAAAAAUACGACGGAAAGAAAGUCUCGUGCAGAGUCACCUUACCAACCCAGGACGAAGCUACAGUACAAUGGUCACCAGAAGAAUCCUCGCCCAUAACAGUCUACCAUAUGAACUCGAAGGCCGAAUUGCAAGUUGACAAACAAAACCCAAGUGAAGGCGAGACUGUCACACUCAGAUGCAUUGCAGAUGGAAACCCACAACCAGAGCUCUCAUUGAAGCCAGCAUCAGGCUCAGAAGUCAGCCCUGGCGAAUUUGUCUUCGACUCCAUCUCCAGAGACGAUUCAGGGGAAUACAAAUGCGUUGCCACAUCUCCAAACCCAACAGACCCAACCCAAACAUUGGAAAAUGAAAGCGAAAGUGUUUACAUCAACGUUCAAUACCUCGAUGUUCCAAACUUAAAUCAAGCCGGACCACUCACCCUGGACAAAGGAGCCGCAUUGUCUCUUACGUGCCAAGCAGCCGGAAACCCAUCGCCCUCGUUCAUAUGGAAAAAGAACGGUAAAAAGGUUGGAGACGGAUCAUCAUUUACUAUCGCCUCUGUUGGAUAUAAUGACGCUGCAACCUACGCUUGCGUGGCUUCGACUGGCGUUACAGAGCCGACAGAGGCCACCGUUCGAGUUAAUGUCGAAGGGGCAUGCACAGCUGUUCUCACAGCUCCAGUGAUUUCUUCCUCGACCGUACCUGGAAAACAUCUCGUCAGACUUGCAUGCACCAUUACAGGUCAACCUCGUUGCUCAGUCGAUAUUAGAUCAGAGGACAAGCUCACAGCAACGGGAACCAAAACCAGAGUGAAUGACACUUAUGCCACCCUUCAAUACGAUGCUCUACCCACUCUCUCUGAAUCAACACAGUUCUUCUGCUACGCUUCAAAUAGCGUCGGGGCUCAGAAUGUCAGUUUUACCAUUGGUGAUAGCACUUCAGCGUGCUGCCAAGCACCGAAGACAGGAGGCCUCGGAACUGGAGCUAUUGUCGGAAUCAUCAUUCUGGUCCUUGUGGUUAUUGUGGGGAUCCCAGUUGCUUGUUACUUAGUCCGAAAAAGAAACGCACAACCAAAGAAGAAAACACCCAGUGACGCCGAGAACGCAGACAAAGAAGAGAAAGAAGGAUUAAACAAAGACGCUUCAUCUGAGGAUUCGGCGAGUACGGGGUCUCUCCCCCCACCACCCGCAGACAUGAACGACCAUCGGCUCGACAGCGCCCAUGAACUGACGACGUUCUCAACAAAUAAAGAACAGAAGAGCCCUGAGAAAUCUUCCUAAUUAGAAUACAAUCAACCGCAAGAGGUCUGAUUAAAUCUUCACAACAAAGAGGAAGAAAUUUUUACGAACUAGGAAAUAACAUUAUUAUGUGACAAUCGGGAUUUUUUUGAUUCAUUUUAACCUUUGACACAAGUUUGAAAGUUUUUUUAUGCAGAUUAUCGUAAUUCGAUUUAACAUUUUAAUUAAAAAAAAAUGCCUUAUUUCGAUAACGACGAUUUGUUGAAUGUUCAACUUGGGUGAUUUUAUUUUAUUUUUUAUUAUUUCAACGCAUUAUUACGUAACAAUCACUGCUAAAAUGCAAAUUCCCGCUCUUUUUUUAAGUUUGUGCUGGCCGAGAAUGUUGACAAGGGCCAAAAUAUAUUGGUACAGUCCGUUUGUGCGAAUACCGUUUGCGCGAAAAUGGACUUAAAGAUGGGAAAAAAUGAUUCCAUGAUAUGAUUUGGAUUCGUAUACAGUAUAUGAAUAAAAUAUGAAAUGGUGACCUCAGCAAAUUUUUUAAUAUAUGGGUCAAUGUGAGUAUAUGCAGUGGUAAGAAAAUAAAAACUCGUAAAAGCUUCUCCAUAUCGGCUUGUUUAUAGCGAAUAUAUUAAAAUACUUCAUAAGACAAACUAAUAGUUCGCGCAAACGGUUUUCGCGCAACUGGCACAAUCCUAAGAUAUAUUGCAUUAAACGUCAUGUCUAUUGAUACUUAGUCUACAAGAAACGUUUAUAAUGUCUGAGCCAAUCCAUAAACCAGGCCUAGUACACUUUUUCUGUAUAUUGGUAUUGUUUUUUUUAUUUCAAAAACGCAUAUCUGGCCCACUUAUUGAAUCACAAUGCCACCCACAUCUAAAAACGUACCAAUGGACAAUUUUUAUGCCUUUUUUUUCAUUUUGUUGGAAUUUUUUUUUGAAUCCCGUACCGUUUUCAUAAUUGGCUCAAAUUUUCCAAGUUCCAGAUGGAAAACAGCCAACUGAUACUAUUUUAGUAUCCGCUACAUGUAAUAUUCAAAAUAUGAUCUCAUAAGUGACUUUCCUUCGGAGGUCUGGUUUUUCGAAUCUCAGAAAUAGUCACAAAGGAUGAAAUCUACCAAUUAAAUUCAUGCAUCUGAAACAAAUAAUCGUUUUAACUGAUUCAAUACUCGCAUGGACUGGUAACAUGACCAGAGACCAUGGUUCGCCAUACGAUGAAGUCAUCUUCUCGGCAUUUUCAUCCCACGGGAUAAAUUUUAAAAUCUCACCCUAUCUUUAAUAUAAAAACUUUUUGACAAUUUGAUAUGAUUUGACAUAUUUGUUUUCCCAGACAUCAAUUUUUUUUAUCUGUAACACUUAAAUAGGUCCAAAAUGUAAAAUAACCAGAGGAACUCAGUUGCAUUUAUCGCUUAUCAUGUUUAGUUAGCUACAUAUGUAAUCAAGGCUUGAAUGAAACUUUAUUUUUUGAUUCAAACUUGAAGAAUUUCGCCCGACUUCCAACUAUGUUUAUAAUACUUUUACCCACAAUUUCUGUAAAUUUUCUGUGUUUUUGUCAAAAAUGCCAAUUAUUGUUUAUUAAAAAGUCGUAUUUUGUGUGUAAUCAAUUUAAAACGUCAUUUAUGACGUCAUAUCUAGAAUCUGUAAGAUAAUUUCACGUAAUCAAAUCAUUACGUCAUAUUCGGUAUCGUAAUUUUGCGUUUUGAUCAACUUUUUGUUACGUCAUUCACGUCAUUACGUCAUGACUGACAUUGCCGAAGCUGGUCUUCCACGCAAAGUCAAUUAUUUUUUGGAAUCUUGUGCUGGUUUUAGUUUAGAGUAGAAAUAUUAGCUAGUUAUUAUGGAUUGCCUAUUAUUAUUGUAUAUUUGUUUACUUUACCAAUCACGUAAUACUUUUCAUGAUAAAAUAAACUGGUACGAUUUUCAAGACGCAGAAAACAAAAACCCCAACCCAAACAUUUGUCACCCGGAGAAACUUUUUUGCAUUUUUAUGCAAAGAUACGGUUUAUCGGUUCAGCAAUUUUUCACCGUUGAUGGUUGUGCGUUUUAUUGGCCGAUGUAUGUUCCCAAAACUGGCGCAAAUGUGUAAAUUACCAAAAACUCGUUUUUUUUUAAUAAAUAGUUGCCCAAUAAAAAAACCUAAAUUUGCUUCGAUAUGUAAAAUAUGUGGACCGCCGCGCGGUCUGCUUAUUCUACAUAUCGGACCAAAUCACAUAUCCAAACAAAAAAUUAUUUUUCAACAAAAUAUGUACAACGCUAUGAUCUCACGUUAAAUUUGAUUCAUCAUUCCUUUUUAUCAAUUCAUGAAUUCGGAGAUUUAUCAAUAUUCUUCGCGGAACAAACUAUGAACAUUAUUACACCAAUAUAUUUGCGAUCAUUUAAAGCUCUUUCCUGUGCUGUUUAUGCAUUUCAACCGAUGCAUGUCACCGAUGUAUUUGCGGUCAUUUAAAGCUCUUUCCUGUGCUGUUUAUGCAUUUCAACCGAUGCAUGUCACCGAUGUAUUUGAGGUCAUUCAAAGCUUUUUCCUGUGUUGUUUAUGCAUUUCAACUGUUUCAACUUUAUUCCUAACACCUUCACAAAUCAAAUCGUUAAAAUUGAUCGUACACUAACAAUAUUUUUUGCUGACUUUUCUGCACAUUUUGAAACGUAAAACAAGUGUUUGUCCUGACCUUACAUUAUUUUGAACUGAAAUCAAUUUUCGACAUAGAAUCACUAUUUUACAGAAAUAAAAGUUAUUUCAAAUAUCCUAAAUACCAACUCUGGCUUUUAUUUUUAUUGCUUUGUGAAAUAGAUUUCACGUUUUUGUACAUAGUAGUAGAAAAGUGUACAUUUUCAGUGUACAAUUUAAAGUAUACAAUUUUCAGGUCUUGCAAGUAAACGCCGUAACCUUUUAAAUGAGGCCAAACAGGAGUGCGAUGUGAAAAUACAACCCAAAUUCUUAUUAACUUUAAAUAAAAUCCUCCUUGCGCGAACAUAAUACCCUAAACGGCGUGUGACAUACCUGCUUGGUUGAAAAUUGAGUAGGUUCCGAUUUGAACUAAAUGCGUGUUUCAAGAAUUCCUUUACGCACCAUGCAGACUUUUUUAAUCAAAUCAAAAUUUCACGUAGCAUUUUUAUUGGAUGUAUUUUAGCAUUUACGGCGUUUACUUCACUAGACUCCAUUUUUCAAUCUAAUAUGGAGAUCAUCCUAGGCAACGUUCAUCGCUUACAAGGAUCCCAAAACUGAUCACAUUUUUGCUGUUUUCACCUGACUAUUAUGCUUGAAUACAUUCGUAACUUCAGCUACAUUUUCGAACAGUCAUUGUACAAUGUUCAAUACAGUGGUUCUCAAACUUUUUAAGCCGGGCACCCCAUCUUAUAAUUUGUCAAGUCUCGCCUCAAAAAGAACUAGCUAACAAUAAGCUACAAAUAACAGACAUUAAGGCGAAAGUAUGUUUUAUUCAAAAAACACAUUGAAAAUACGUGAAUGGAACGUAAUAACCAAAAUAAGGUGGGCAAUCUAACAAAUGUAUUUAUUUUUAAUUAGAUUCCCCCCCCCCUUUAAAAAAUUGUCUACACCCCCCCCCAAUUGUGGGUCGCGCGCCACCGUUUGAGAACCACCGGUUUAAUAGAAUAAUUCAAUUAGCUUUUGCUAGCUGUGUACCUAUAUGUACAAACUUCUCAAAAUACCUGGCAACAGCAUUUGUAACUUUGCCUUAAAUUUCAAGACGAAUCCACCAAAAUUUCAGAUUACUUUUUGAAAAUCUGAUAUUGAUGACGUCAUCGAUUCAAUAGAUAUGAUGUCAUAAAUUGGAUAGACAAAAAUUGUAAUAACUUUGAUAAAAAGAUGACGUCACGUACAAUUAAAAUUACGUCAAAUUCAAAUAUGAUAACGUCAUAAGUUUAAUCAAGAUGACGUCAUAAUUUAUCGAUAAGAUAUCCAAUACCUUAACUCCAGAUUCAUGUCAGCAAAAAUGAAUUGUAAGAUAUCAAGUACAACGCUUUGUAUUUUUAGUUAGUGAUUAUACGCAUUUUUCUUUUUAUUUUGUUUUUGCUUUUAACCGUACGAACUCGUAAAACAGAAAUUCAUCAUUAAAAUGGGGGAACACUGAAAAAAUCCGCGUGGAAUUAUAUGAUGAUAAAUUUCUGUUGAAAUUAAAUUUGCCUUGUUUCACACAUGUUUUUUAAUUUGUGGAAAGAAAUGACGUAAAGGUGACGUCAUAAUUUGCCGACGACGUCAUAUUAACCAAAAGAUGGGACGGAGAGCCAUUUCCAUUGUGAUCAGAGGGCGUAGAUUGAUUUGAUUCCGUGUAUUUCAUAAAUCGCACAAAUAAAAUCUUUUUGGUAAAA